AUGCCACCCUGCUCAGACUCUAGCUUUGACAAAAGUAUGGAAAUAUUAAGUGAAAAUGUUAAUCGGAGGCAUUUUAAGAGGCAGUUGGCAAAGCCAAAAUCAGACCCAAAAAAAGAAUAUAAAGAAGUCACCAGAACGCUGAAGACCAGAGCUGAUGCAAAAGCUGCAGAGCAAGUCCAUGAAGAAAAUGGGGAUCUGGAGGUCCGCCGGAGCUGCAGACUUCGGCAAAGUCAUUACACCACUACAAAUCAAUCUGUUUUGUUUGACAAACUUAUAACAAAUACUGCAGAAGCAGUCUUGCAAAAAAUGGAUGAUAUGAAGAAGAUGCGUAGACGGCAAAUGAUGGAAGACCUUGGGGUGUUCCACGAUGCAGAAGAAGAAAACCUUAAUAUGUACUCCCGAGGACAGAAAGAAAUUCAAAGAGCUGAUGAAGAAAUAGCUGAUAAUCAAGAUGUUUCAUCAGAAGAAAGUGAAGAGAAAGAUGACGAUGGGGAAGACACUCGGAAGCGUUACGACUUCCGCCAGAGGAAAACUGUUCAGCGCUAUCAGGCUCCCUUGGAAAAACCAAGACAACGUAAGAUCUAUUUUUCGGGCCGGUCUUCACCUGUCAGACAGAGAUACUCGUUUAGAAGUGCUCAGCCACAAGGCUCUUGCUGCAAAAGAACUAACAGACGGAGACAUGCAGUCCACAACAGUGACUCCACAUCCUCUUCCUCGUCUGAUGAUGAAGAGCAUUUUGAGAGGCGUAGGAGUCACGGCCAUAACAGAGAGUUAAGAAGCUAUCUUCCACUAAACUGCCGGAAAGAUGAGUUAAAGGGAAUUCACAAGGAUCGAAUGAAAAUUGGAGGGAGUCUGGCUGAUGUUGAUCCACUGCGAACAGAUUCUUCAGUGUGUUUUGAUGGUGUGGGUGGCCUUUCUGACCACAUUUCAGCUUUAAAAGAGAUGGUCCUUUUUCCAUUGCUUUACCCAGAAGUCUUUGAGAGACUCAAAAUUCAACCUCCAAGAGGCUGUCUAUUCUGUGGUCCACCAGGGACUGGAAAGACACUGGUUGCUCGUGCACUCGCAAAUGAAUGUAGCCAAGGAGAUAAGAGAAUAGCAUUUUUUAUGAGGAAAGGUGCUGAAUGCCUGAGUAAAUGGGUGGGGGAAUCUGAACGACAGCUUCGUUUGUUAUUUGAUCAGGCCUACCAGAUGCGCCCUUCAAUUAUUUUCUUUGAUGAGAUAGAUGGUCUUGCUCCUGUGCGGUCCAGUAAACAAGACCAAGUCCAUAGUUCUAUUGUAUCAACACUUCUGGCACUUAUGGAUGGCUUAGACAGCAGAGGAGAGAUCGUGGUAAUUGGAGCCACUAACAGACUGGACUCCAUAGAUCCUGCUUUACGAAGACCUGGACGCUUUGAUCGAGAGUUCCUCUUCAGCUUGCCAAAUAAAGAGGCUAGAAAAGAGAUCUUCAAGAUCCACACAAAGGACUGGACCCCUAAGCCUCUGGACAUGUUUCUUGAAGAGCUAGCUGAAAAGUGUGUUGGAUACUGCGGUGCUGAUAUUAAAUCCUUAUGUGCUGAAGCUGCCCUCUGUGCUUUGCGCCGCCGCUAUCCUCAGAUAUACCAAAGCAGCAAGAAGCUGGUGUUAGAUACUGCUUCUAUUAAAAUCACAGCAGAGGAUUUUGCCAUGGCUAUGCAGAAGACUGUUCCAGCUUCACAAAGGGCUGUGGCUUCACCAGGGCGAGCACUCUCAGCUAGUUCAAAACCACUGUUUGAAAAUACACUAGCCAGAAUUUUACAGGCCUUGCAAAGAGUAUUUCCCCAUGCAGAGCUUGCACUAAAGAAGGACCAGCAGCAAGGUUGUAAUUACACGAUUUACAGUGAUGAUGAAUCACCAUCUAUCUUUGACAAGCCUGGCGGACACAAAGGAAAGUUCCUCAACUUUAGCAGAAAUGCUUAUUACCAGCCAACAUCUUGCAGGCCACGGUUCCUACUAGUUGGAGAACCAGGAUACGGGCAGGCUUCUCAUUUGGCACCUGCAGUCAUACAUGCCCUGGAAAAGUUUCCAGUUUAUACACUAGACCUACCUGUUUUGUUUACAAGUAUCACAUCACCAGAAGAAACAUGUGCACAGAUGAUAAGAGAAGCUCAAAGAACAGCACCAAGUAUAAUUUAUGUCCCACAUAUUCAUUCAUGGUGGGAGGCUGCUGGAGCUACAUUGAAAACUACUUUUACAGCACUACUGCAGAACAUUCCAACGUUUGCUCCAGUUUUGCUGCUUGCAACAUCUGAUGUGUGUUACACAGCUCUCCCAAAAGAGAUAAAAACAUUGUUCAACAGUGAUUAUGAAGAAGUUUUCAAAAUCCAGUUGCCUAGUAAGGAUGAAAGAAGAACAUUUUUUGAGGACAUAAUCAUAAAUCAAGCUGCUAAACCUCCUCCAUCCAAAAACAACACAGCUUGGCAGCCACUGGAAGUUCUGCCUGUAGCACCACCGCCCAAGCCUCGGCAGCUGACAGAGGCAGAAGAAAGACAGCUGGAGGAGCAGGAGGAGGACACGCUGCGUGAGCUCAGGAUUUUCUUAAGGGAUGUGACCCACAGACUUGCCAUUGACAGACGUUUCAGAGCAUUUACAAAGCCUGUCGACCCAGAGGAGGUACCUGAUUAUGACACAGUUAUUAAACAGCCCAUGGACCUCUCAACAGUUCUUUCCAAGAUAGACUUGCACCAGUACCUAACAGCAGGAGAUUUUCUAAAGGACAUCGAUCUCAUCUGUAGUAAUGCUUUAGAGUACAACCCAGAUAAAGAUCCUGGAGAUCGUCUCAUUAGGCACAGAGCUUGUAAUUUGAGAGAUACUGCAUAUGCCAUCGUCAGGGAAGAAAUAGAUGAAGAUUUUGAACAACUCUGUGAAGAAAUUAAGGAAUCUCGUAGGAAAAGAGGUUGUACCUCUUCAAAGUAUGCUCCAUCUUACUACCAUGUGAUGCCAAAGCAGAACUCUGUUCCUGUCAGUAAGAAGACAGACCCAAAGUGUGAUGAAAUCACGAAGAUGGCAGCGGCGCCGGUGGAUUCCAGCACUCCCCACUGCCAUGAUAUGUCAAAAAGAAGACGUAAAAAGAAGGAAAGGUCUUCAAGUAUCACAAGGAAGAGGAUGAAGUUUCAGUUCAAUAAAGAGAAUAAAGUUCCAGAAGACCAAAAUGAAGAAGAAAGUGAUGAAGAGUCUACAGAAAAACAUGUUUCUAACACGGAUCGCACGGAAGUUGAGUCCGCACAGGAUUCUUCUGUGGAGGAAAAUGAAAACGUACUUCAAGAACGACAGAAAAAUGGGAAUAGAAAUAAAUCUGGGACAGAAAAUGAGAGACUCCUCCUUCUGGCUAAAUCUGCUUUUGAAAAGAAGAGUGUUGAUGUUCUUGAACAAAUGCCAGAAGCAGAAAAUUCUAAAGACAGAAAUUCAAAUGGUUUGUGGGUACACCGAAUGACUCGUGCAAAACAUUCUCAGAUAGAAGAGCAUCGGGUGGGAUGUGUUGAGAAGGCAACAGAAACUGUCACACAGUCAGUGGUUGUGGAUCACUGCGAACUCAAACAACUGUUGCACUCUGUCACCCUGAUAACAAAGAACUUUAAUAUAUUUCACCUGGAAAAACUACAUGCUGUUCUCAGUCAGUGCAUUUACCAGCAUCGGGAAGAUUACGACAAAACCGAAUUAGUGAAGGAAAUGAAGAAAGAAAUUGGAGCCUUCAGUUCUUUUCAGUGA